ACGUGGGCCUGACUUUCAAGCUUGGUUGCGGAGGAAAUGCCCAGGAUGGGAUACUAUACUGAAAGAAUUGAUGCUGGACCACAAGUGGACGUUUAAACGGAUACUUCUCGCCUGCCACACCCUUUCAAAAGCAAAAUACCUAUUAUUUUUCUUCAAAAUAACGGAAUGGAUUUGGAGAAGACUUAAAGUGGAUGUUGUUGCCAAGUGACGUGUUGCCAAACGCUUAAGUGUCAACUUUGCCAACUUUUUUUUUUCUUCUUCUUCCUGGGACCACAUCAAGUCAAGAGGAAGGGAAUUUAUUAUAACUUGGAGGCAAAAUGGAUCAAGCCAGCGGCGGGGACGACCCCAGUAAACCUUCUAAAAAGAGGUCCAGUGAGGAUGAAGGCAGGAAUAAAAAACUGAACAUACACAUAAAAACAUUGGCCGACGACAUGCGUGAUCGUAUCACCAGUUUCCGAAAAACGGGCAUGAAGAAGGAGAAGCCCCUCAUUCAGCACCCGACGGACCCCCUGUCGAUCCAGACCGAGCUGCCGCUCCCUCAGCCGCUCUUUGACGAGCGCUCCAUGAACCUUUCGGAAAAGGAGAUUAAUGACCUCUUUGAGAAGAUGAUGGAGGAUAUGAAUCUGAAUGAAGAGCGAAAGGCCCCCCUUCGCGGGAAGGAUCUGAGCACCAAACGGGAGAUGGUGGUCCAGUACAUCUCAGCCACAGCCAAAUCUAUAACUGGGAGCAAAGUCGCGGGAGGACUGAGGAACAGCAAGCAUGAAUGUACGCUCUCGUCCCAGGAGUACGUCCACGAGCUUCGUACGGGCAUCGCAGAAGAAAAGCUGCUCAAUUGCCUGGAGUCGCUUCGAGUUUCUCUCACCAGUAACCCUGUCAGUUGGGUCAAUAAUUUCGGCCAUGAGGGUCUGGGCCUGCUUCUGGAUGCGCUGGAGAAGCUCUUGGAUAAGAAACAGCAAGAGAAUAUCGAUAAACGGAAUCAGCAUAAGCUUAUACAAUGCUUGAAGGCUUUCAUGAACAACAAGUACGGGCUGCAAAGGAUCCUGGGAGACGAGCGCAGCCUGUUGUUACUGGCACGAUCCAUUGACCCCAAGCAGGCCGGCAUGAUGACGGAGACUGUCAAAAUCCUCUCCGCCUUCUGCAUCAUCGGCGAGGAGAACAUCCUGGAUAAGAUUCUGGCUGCCAUGACGAUUGCUGCCGAGCGGAAUAAUAAAGAGAGAUUUGCUCCAAUUGUGGAAGGACUGGAGAACCACGAUGCCCAACAGCUCCAGGUUGCUUGCAUGCAGCUGAUCAACGCCUUGGUUACCUCCCCGGAAGACCUGGACUUCCGGAUACAUCUCCGAAAUGAGUUCCUAAGAUGCGGCCUCAAAAAGAUCCUGCCUGAGCUGAAAGAGACAGAGGAGUUGGACAUCCAGCUGAAGGUGUUCAAUGAGAACAAGGAGGAGGACUUCAUCGAACUGACCCAUCGCUUGGACGACAUCCGAGCUGAGAUGGAUGAUAUGAAUGAGGUGUAUCAUCUCUUGUCCAACAUGGUGAAAGACACGGGCUCCGAGACCUACUUCCUGUCCAUCCUGCAGCACCUGCUGCUCAUCAGGAACGACUACUACAUCAGGCCGCAGUACUACAAGGUGAUCGAGGAAUGCGUGUCACAGGUGGUCCUGCACCGAAGCGGAAUGGACCCGGACUUCGGCUACAGUCGACGGCUGGAUGUGGACUUCACCCAUUUAAUUGAACAAUGUGUGGACAAAGCCAAAGUUGAAGAGAGCGAGCAGAAAGCUGCAGAGUACUCCAAAAAGUUUGACGAGGAGUUCAGCGCGCGGCAGGAGGCCCAGGCCGAGUCUCAAAAGAAAGAGGAGAGAAUCAAAGAGCUGGAGGGGAAGAUCCAGGCCCUGGAGUCUCAGUUAACUAUUGACCGUGACAAGCUCAAAGAGGCUCAGAGACUCUUCAGGGAAUCUGAGGCCAAGAUUGCAGCCGGUCCAGCUGUGCCCGGAGCGCCCCCUGCACCAUCGCAACCCGGAGGUGCUCCCGCGCCGCCGCCGCCGCCGCCCCCGGGUGGCUGUCCGCCACCGCCACCACCCCCGCCUCCUUUCCCGGGCCAUGCUGGCGCUCCACCGCCUCCGCCGCCGCCGCCUCCCCCGGGCGGGGGACCUCCACCUCCGCCGCCACCACCCGGGUGUGGGCUCCCGCCUCCUCCGCCUUUCUUCGGAGGCCCGGGCGCCCCUCCGCCGCCCCCGUCCUUACCCGUCCUCAAACUGCCGUACGGGCUCGAGCCCAAGAAGGUGUACAAGCCGGAGACGGUGAUGAAGAGGGUCAACUGGAGCAAGAUAGUGCCCCAGGAAAUGGCGGAGAAUUGCAUCUGGAUCAAAGUGAAAGAGGAGAAGUUUGAGAACCCUGACCUCUUUGCCCAGCUCUCCCACUACUUCUCAUCGCAGAGCAAAGCGCGAAAGGAUGUGAAAGAUGAAACUGACGACAGAAUGACACAGUUUAAGAAGAAGGCAAAGGAGCUUCGUAUUUUGGACGCAAAGACGGCGCAGAAUCUGUCAAUUUUCUUGGGCUCCUUCCGCCUGCCCUAUGAUGAGAUCCGAGACAUCGUGCUGCAGGUGGACGAGGAAAGACUGAGCGAGUCGCUCAUCCAGAACCUGAUAAAGAACCUUCCGGAGCAGAACGAGCUGUCAUCACUAGCUGAACUUAAGAGUGAAUAUGAGGAGCUGGUGGAGUCGGAGCAGUUUGGGAUCGUGAUGAGUUCGGUCAAGCUCCUGCGGCCGCGUCUCAAUGGCAUCCUGUUCAAGCUGACCUUCGAGGAGCAGGUGAACAACAUCCGCCCGGACAUCAUGAACGUGACGUUCGCCUGCGAGGAGGUGAAGAAAAGCGAGGGCUUCCGGAAGCUGCUGGAGUUGGUGCUGCUGGUCGGCAACUACAUGAACGCCGGCUCCAGGAACGCCCAGACGUUUGGUUUCAACGUCAGCUUCCUCUGCAAGCUGCGAGACACCAAAUCAAUAGCUCAGUGCACGACGCUGCUUCACUUUCUGGCGGAGAAGUGUGACGAAGCGUUCCCGGAGAUCUUGAGGUUUCCAGAUGAAUUGGAGCAUGUGGAAAAUGCCAGCAAAGUGUCUGCUGAGAUCCUGAAAAGCAGCCUGACCACCAUGGAGCGUCACAUCGUGCGCCUGGAGAACGACAUCGAGAACUUCCCCAAAACGGACGACGCGCAGGAUAAGUUUGUGGAAAAAAUGUCCGGCUUCUGCAAGCACUCGCGGGAGCAGUACGAGAAGCUGUCCAUCAUGCACAAGAACAUGCAGAAGCUCUACGAGAACACGGGCAGCUACUUCGCCUUCGACCCGCAGGCCGUCAGCGUGGAGGACUUCUUCGGGGAGCUCUCCAACUUCCGCACCCUCUUCCUGGAAGCCGUGAAGGAGAACCACAAGAAGAGGGAGAUGGAGGAGAAGAUCAAGAGAGCCAGGCUGGCGAAGGAAAAAGCCGAGCGCGAGAAGCAGGAGCGUCAGCAGAAGAAGAAGCAGCUGAUUGACAUGAACAAAGAGGGAGAUGAAACUGGGGUGAUGGACAGCCUCAUGGAAGCGCUACAGUCCGGAGCAGCCUUCCGCGAUCGCCGAAAACGGACGCCGCGCAACGGUGAUCAAAGUCCUUCCAGUCCAGCCUCUCGGUGGCCGGCUGCUAACUAUGGUUACAGAACCUUAGAUAACCGCCGCGCCGUGCUGGAACGCUCCCGCUCUCGCCACAACACCAACCACCAGGCUCGAUGAUGUCGCCCGAAGACGACCCGGAGGAGGAUCCUGUCGCUGAGUCCCACACACGUUAACCCCGCCUUCCACGCUCUCUCUCUCUCUCCAUGUUGUCUUCCUGUCGGUCCGUCAUAGGAAGCGAAACAAAAACGCGUCGCCAAAACGGUGCUGUGUACAAAAGUAGGAGACUGUAGCCAUUCCACGCUUAGACUUCAGAGCAUGUGACUCACACGCCUCAAUUUUCGACAGGAUGCAUUUUAUUUUUUUCAAAUACAGGCCGCUUUUCAUAUUUUACACACCUCCGUUUCGACAGGAUGCAUUUUGGGUUUUAAGCGCCUCCUUUUCAUUAAGAGACACACCUUCAUUGUGGCAAGAUGCAUUUUAUUCUGUACGCACCUCCUCGUUUAACAGGAUGCAUUUUAUUCUUGACACACCUCCAUUUUUGACAGGGUGCAUUUUAUGUUUUAGGUGCCUCCAUUUUCCACAGAAUGCAAUUUAUUCCCAAGCAUCUCCAUUCUGACAGGAUGCAUUAUAUUCUUGACACACCCCCAUUACGACAGGAUACAUUUUGGGUUUUAGGCGCCUCCUUUUCAUUAGGAGACACACCUCCAUUGUGGCAAGAGUCAUUAUAUUCUGUACGCACCUCCAUUUUUGACAGGAUGCAUUUUAUUCUUGACACACCUCCAUUACGACAGGAUACAUUUUGGGUUUUAAGCGCCUCCAUUUCAUUAGGAGACACACCAUUGUGGCAAGAUGUAUUAUAUUCUUGACACACCUCCAUUUUUGACAGGGUGCAUUUUUUUUAGGUGCCUCCAUUUUUUACAGGAUGCAAUUUAUUCCUACGCACCUCCAUUCUGACAGGAUGCAUUUUGGGUUUUAAGCGCAUCCUUUUCAUUAGGAGACACACCUUCAUUGUGGCAAGAGUCAUUAUAUUAUGUAUGCACCUCCAUAUUUGACAGGGUGCAUUUUAUUUUUUAGGUGCCUCUGUUUCAUUAGGAGAUGCAAC